AUGUUCAGUCUGGAUACGUACUUGACGAAUACUUCGCUUUUACUAAUCCCCAUUCCUGACCAAGGCAGAGAGAAGACGAGAGGUUGGUGAGCCUUCGAUGGCCAGGAGAAGAAGAUAUCUGCAUUGAAGUGAUCGACGUCUCGGAUCCAGGAACCGUCUCGGAAACUUCUCGAGGAAAUUUCUACUCCCCCUCCUCGAUCCUCUACGGGAGAUGUUGCGAAUCACUGGAUGAUAUGGAGAGCUAG